CCGUAACUGCGGGUUCUUUACUAAAUACUUUUCUCUGACGUAGGCAGAUCAUAUCAAGCUGGACUUGACCAUGGGUGUGUUUGUCUUGGAAAUAAAGAACAACGUAAAAGGGGAUCUUGUUAGAUGUUUGUUUAGCGUUUAGAAAAAUCGUCUAUUGCCCAUUUAAGACUAGACGAUUAGGACGGAGUUUGGAGAAAUCAUUUCAAUAAAGAUGUCUGGAUUUAUGUUGACAGGAACGUUCAUUUUCAUUCUAUUUACUCUUUUCUCAUCAUACUCGGCUAAAUCCUUACAAGACCCAUUCGACGUCUUCAGUGAUUUUGAUGAAAAUCCAGAAUUAGAACAUUAUAACAUCAGCGUGGAAGAACAAGUCUUUCCAAAUUGUACUACAUACUUGACCUCUCAGGAUUUCAUUAUCCUAUCUAAUGGGAGCUUGUUUUUAAAGAACCAUAACCAAACUGUUAGAGGCAAGUUUUACUUAAAAAAUGGAACGGCAUAUUUCUGUGACAAAGAUGUUACGCAAACCACUACAUUUUACAACUUGAGUGAAACUGCAAAGCAAACUAUUGCCACUUCUUUUUACAACUUUAGCGAUGAUGCUACUGAAACUAUUACUACUACUUAUAAUUUUAGUGAAGAGUUCCAGAGAUGUGGUCAUGUUUUAAUAGAGCCAGAAGAGUACAAGUUACUAAAAAAUGACACCAUAUAUAUUGAAAUUUAUUCAAAAUCCUAUGGAUCACAGGACUAUUUAAUAGUUGACGCUGGCGUUUACAUAUGUGUGCCAUCCUUUGAAGAGUUGAAACAAAAUGGCACCUUGCCUUAUGACUGGGUAAAGUUUUCCAAAACAUCAGACUAUGUCACUUUCAUUGGACUACUCGUAUCUAUAGUCAGUUUGAUGUCCCAUUUGGGCAUAUUCUUGUUGGUACCGGCUGUUCGCAACCUACCUGGGUUUUGCCUCGCAUCUCUAAGUUUGUCGCUGUUAAUGGCAUACAUCUGCUUUUUGGUCGCUUUUCUUUUGGAAAGUGAUGUACUAUGUGCUGGACUGGGCAUGAGUGUUUAUUACUUCUUCCUUACAUCCUUCUUUUGGAUGAAUGCCAUAGCAUUUGACGUUUGGAGAUCAUUUAGAGUUGUGAUUCGCGAGUUAAGAAUAACCAGCAACAAAGUUCCGUGGAGAAGAUUUAUUUUGUACUCUUUAUACUGCUGGGCAAUCCCUGCUUUACUGACAAUCCUGGUUAAAGUGUUCGAUUCCACUAACAUCUUACCAGAGGAUUUGAGGCCAUCUUUUGGACAUCCGUUUUGCUGGUUCGGGCAGCGCAAAGCCCUGCUUUUGUUCUUCGCAGUUCCAUUAAUCAUUGUUAUGCUCUUAAACGUAGCAUUUUUCGCUGAUGUCAUCUUCGUUAUCAACCGAGCAACGAUAAAGUCUGGAUCGGCGCAGGAUGCUAACUUGCGAAGAAGUUUCGCCAUGUUUACGAGGUUGGCUUUGAUUAUGGGCUUAACUUGGGUGUUUGGUAUCGCAGCUGGGUUUGCUGAUAAGCCUUUUUUGUGGUACAUUUUCAUCGUCUUGAAUACUUUACAGGGGCUAUUCAUUUUUGGAGUAUUUUUGGGCAGCUCGAAAGUGCGUAGUUUGUGUACUAAGCAGUAUAGAAGUCGAAAGAGAUCUAGUACAAGCGUUAGAACAGUAUCUGCAGCUCUGUGACAGGUUUAAUUCAUAUAUGAGUGUAUUCUCACUCAGUCAAACAUAGACUCUAAAUGUAUAGUAAGUUUUAUAAUGUAAAUAUUUCAAAGUGUAUAUUUUAUUAAUUGGGUUUUAUGCGAUUUCUGCGUAUGUCUAUGUAAAAUGUCAGGACAUUUUGUGUGUGUGUGUGUGAAUAUUGUAAGUAUAUUUUGUGUGAAAUUUAGUAUUGCGACUCAUUUUAAUGUAAAUAAAGUGCUAAUAUAUUAAAAAUAUAUUUUUUUUCGAAAUUUAAA